UUCUGCACUCAUAGUCUCUAAAACACGACUGGAUCCCUCAAACUCAAAGAGGAGGGAAACGAAGAAGAUCAGUGAGAUAUCUAAGCUUUGCUACCUCCGCGUUUGGGCGGUAUAACUGGAAAUGGGAUCUGCUAAGCAUUUAGAAAAUCCGACUGCCGAUGAUGCCGGAGCCAAGAAGAAACAAAACAAACUAGAUCCAGCGUCUAAGAAGGCAGCAGCAACUAACUCUACGGGGAAAAAGCGUAAAAUAAUGCAAAAUGCAGAGGAACCCACAGGUGUCCGCAAAAUGCCAAAACGUGCUGCUGCUUGUUCUAGUUUUAAAGAGAAAAAUGUAAAAAUAUGUGAAAAGUCUUCCAUCAUAGAAGUAAAGAAGGAUCAAUGCAUUGAGGAGGAGGCUGUGGCUAUUCGAUUGACAGAAGGAAAAGAUGAUGGUCGACCAUGUAGAAGGCUUACAGAAUUUGUUUUUCAUAAUGCGGCUGGAAUUCCACAACCUUUUGAAAUGUUGGAAGUUGAUGACCUCUUUAUAUCUGGUCUAAUUUUGCCACUUGAGGACACAAGGGAUAAAGAAAAAGCUAAAGGAAUCAGAUGUAAAGGAUUUGGUCGUAUCGAAGAAUGGGCUAUCUCUGGAUAUGAAGAUGGAUCCCCAGUUAUAUGGGUAUCAACGGAUGAAGCUGACUAUGAUUGUGUCAAACCCUCGGGUAGUUAUAAAAAAUAUUAUGAUCUUUUCUUGGCCAAGGCUACUGCUUGCAUUGAGGUUUAUAAAAAAUUGUCAAAGUUAUCGGGUGGAAAUCCAGACUUAAGUCUGGAUGAAUUAAUUGCUGGUGUUGUCCGAUCUAUGAGCACUAUGAGGGUCUUCUCUGAUGGUUUCUCAAUAAGAGAUUUCAUUGUCUCUCAGGGCGAGUUCAUUUACAAUCAGCUUGUAGGGUUGGAUGACACAUCAAAGAAGACUGACCAGCUAUUUGUUGAGAUUCCCGUGCUUGCUGAGCUUAGAGAUGAGAAAAGCAAGCAAGAAAAUGUUGCUCAAGUACAUCAGAUAAACACAGGAGGAAGUUUAAGAAUAGGUGAAGUAGUAAUUCAUGAAGAAGAUGCAACAAAACGAUCUGGUGCAUCUUCAUCCCCAACAGAGAAUGGAGAGGAUCUGAAGUUGGCAAGGGUGUUACAGGAAGAAGAGUCUUGGCGGUCAAUGAGGCAGAAGAAAAAUCAUAGCUCAUCUUUAUCAAAUAAAUUUUACAUAAAGAUCAAUGAGGAUGAAAUUGCAAAUGACUAUCCUUUACCUGCCUAUUACAAGACUUCUUAUGAAGAGACAGAUGAAUAUGUAGUAUUUGAAAGUGGCAUUGAUACAUUUUAUAUUGAUGAUCUGCCGCGUAGUAUGCUUCAUAACUGGGCACUAUACAACUCCGAUUCAAGGCUAAUCUCAUUAGAGCUCCUGCCAAUGAAACCGUGUGCAGACAUUGAUGUAUCCAUUUUUGGAUCUGGAUUGAUGACUGCUGAUGAUGGGUCUGGUUACAAUUUUGAUACCGAUGCUGGCCAUUCUUCUUCAAGUGGUUCUGGGCCAUCUGUAGUUGAUGGAAUUCCAAUUUACUUGAGUGCAAUAAAGGAAUGGAUGAUAGAGUUUGGGUCAUCAAUGGUUUUUAUAUCUAUUCGCACUGAUAUGGCCUGGUAUAGGCUUGGAAAACCUUCUAAACAAUAUGCUCCUUGGUAUGAACCAGUUCUGAAAACAGCUAAGCUUGCUGUCAGUAUAAUCACCAUGUUGAAGGAACAGAGCCGGGUGGCAAAACUUUCAUUUGCAGAUGUGGUUAAAAAGGUUUCAGAGUUUGAAAAAAGCAACCCUGCUUAUCUAUCUACAAAUCCAGCUUUUGUGGAAAGAUACCUAGUGGUACACGGACAGAUUGUUUUACAGCAGUUUGCAGAAUUUCCAGAUGAAAACAUCCAGAAGUGUGCCUUUGUCAUCAGUCUAACUAGGAAAAUGGAAGAGAGACACCACACAAAGUGGCUUGUUAAGAAAAAGAAGCUGGUGCAGCGGAAUGAACUAAAUUUAAAUCCUAGAGCAGGACUGGCACCUGUUGUAUCUAAGAGGAAGGCCAUGCAAGCAACUACAACUAGGCUGAUUAACAGAAUAUGGGGGGAGUUUUAUUCAAACUACUCUGCGGAGGAGUCAAAGGAGGUGAUUGUCAGUGAUGUUAAGGAUGAUGAAGAAUUUGAAGAGCAAGAGGAAAAUGAAGAUGACGAUGCUCCGGAGGAGGACAAUAUAGAAGUUCCUGUGAAAACUGAAAAACUUUGCACUACUACCAGGCAAACUAAAUCUUGCUCUAAUAGCAAAGAAGUAGAAUGGGAUGGCGAAUCAAUAGGCAAAACUGCUUCUGGUGAACAUUUGUAUCGAACAGCCAAAGUCCAUGGAAAUGAGAUUGCAAUUGGGGGUUCAUUUCUGGUGGAGGAUGAUGGAGCGGAUAUGCUUCCAACCAUAUGCUUUGUGGAAUACAUGUUUGAGAAGUCAAAAGGAAGAAAAAUGUUUCACGGACGAAUAAUGCAAAGAGGGUCCCAAACUGUACUGGGGAACGCUGCUAAUGAGAGGGAAGUUUUUCUGACCCACGAAUGCAUUGAUUUAGAACUAAAAGAUAUCAAGGAAACUGUAGUUGUUGAUAUACGUUUGAUUCCUUGGGGACAUCAGCACAGGAAAGCUAGUGCUGAUGCGGAUAAGGCAGAUAGAGCAAAAGCUGAAGAUCGGAUGAGGAAAGGAUUGUCUACUGAGUAUUACUGCAAGAGCUUGUAUUGGCCAGAGAGAGGUGCUUUCUUUAAACUUCCUUGUGAGACUAUGGGUCUUGGCUCUGGUUUAUGCCAUUCUUGCCAAGUGAAGAGUUGUGAUCAAAAUAGGGACUUCUUCAAAUUGAAUGCAUCUAAGACCAGUUUUAUAUACCAGGGCGUUGAAUAUUCAAUUCAUGAUUUUGUCUAUGUAAGUCCUCAUCAAUUUGCUGUAGAGAGGAUUGGGGGUGGAACCUUCAAGGGUGGGAGAAAUGUAGGCUUGAGGGCUUACACUAUAUGCCAAUUGAUUGAAGUUCCUGGUAAGGAGGGCUCUGAAGAAGCUGACAUUGAUUCAACUGAAGUCAAGAUCAGAAGGUUCUUUAGGCCAGAUGACAUAUCAGCAGAGAAGGCUUAUUCUUCUGAUAUUAGAGAGAUUUAUUAUAGCGAGGAAACACACACUGUUCCAGUAUGCAUGAUUGAGGGGAAAUGUGAAGUAAGGAGGAAACGGGAUCUCCCACCUGCUGAUUUGUUUCCAAUCUUUGACCAUAUUUUCUUUUGUGAAUGCAUGUAUGAUCCAUCCAAAGGUUCACUUAAGCAGUUGCCAUCUCAUGUGAGAAUAAGGUACUCAGAAGUCAAGCUGGAUGAUGCAACUUUGUCUAAGAAGAGGAAGGGAAAAGCCAAAGAAGUAGAAAAUGAUACAAAGAUUGCGCAACAUGAGACUUCUGAAGAAAACCGCCUAGCUACAUUAGAUAUCUUUGCGGGGUGUGGUGGCCUCUCUGAAGGGUUGCAGCGAGCAGGUGCUUCACUUACAAAAUGGGCAAUUGAGUAUGAAGAACCAGCUGCAGAAGCCUUUAAGCUCAACCAUCCCGAGGCGCAUGUAUUUGUGCACAACUGCAAUGUGAUUCUUAGAGCAAUAAUGAAAAAGUGUGGUGAUGAUGAAGAUUGCGUUGCAACCCAAGAGGCCUCAGAACUAGCUGCAGCAAUGGACGAGAAGGAGGUUAACAGUUUGCCGCUGCCAGGAGAAGUGGACUUCAUCAAUGGAGGACCUCCUUGUCAGGGGUUUUCUGGAAUGAAUAGAUUCAACCAGAGCUCCUGGAGUAAAGUACAGUGCGAGAUGAUUCUAGCAUUCUUAUCAUUUGCCGAUUACUAUAGACCUAAGUACUUUCUGCUGGAGAAUGUUAGAAAUUUUGUAUCUUUCAACCAAGGUCAGACAUUUCGCUUGGCUGUAGCUUCACUGCUUGCAAUGGGUUAUCAGGUGAGGUUUGGUAUACUGGAAGCUGGAACAUAUGGAGUUCCCCAGGCUAGGAAGAGAGCAUUCAUUUGGGCUGCAUCUCCAGAUGUGCUUCUCCCUGAAUGGCCUGAGCCCAUGCAUGUGUUUGCUGUCCCACAGUUGAGAAUCAACUUGUCAAAGAAUUUACAAUAUGCUGCUGCACGGAGUACUGCUGAUGGAGCACCAUUCCGUUCUCUCACUGUUAGAGAUACAAUUGGAGAUCUCCCGGCUGUUGUCAAUGGGGCCUCCAAACCAAGCAUGGAGUACCAAGGUGACCCAGUCUCGUGGUUCCAAAAGAAAAUCCGAGGGAAUGCAAUGGUGUUAUCUGAUCACAUUUCAAAAGAGAUGAAUGAGCUUAAUCUGAUUAGAUGUCAAAGGAUCCCCAGACGCCCUGGUUCUGAUUGGCGCGACCUCCCAGAUGAGAAGGUGAAAUUGUCAACUGGGGAAACAGUGGAUUUAAUACCGUGGUGCCUGCCCAAUACAGCUAAGAGGCACAACCAGUGGAAAGGGCUGUUUGGUAGAUUAGAUUGGGAAGGGAACUUCCCUACUUCCAUAACUGACCCACAGCCAAUGGGUAAAGUAGGAAUGUGCUUUCACCCAGAGCAAGACCGCAUUGUUACUGUCCGUGAAUGUGCACGCUCACAAGGUUUCCCAGAUACAUAUCAGUUUGCUGGUAACAUUUUGCACAAGCAUAGACAAAUUGGGAAUGCUGUUCCACCACCGUUGGCUUAUGCCUUGGGGAAGAAGCUCAAGGAAGCCAUUGAUGGUAAUAACAAGAGCACCACUUAGCAAAUAUUCUUCUUCGGAGCCACACUACGUUAACUUGCUACCACUGGUACGGUAUUCUUCACGGCAGUUGUAAAUUCUUUGUAGUCAAUCACUCAGAGAUGAUUUUAGGGCAUUCUCAUCAUUAGUUAUCUAUACAAUUCUCAGUUUCCAAGGAGGUUUUUGAUUUUCCUGAAUCUUGUUUAAGCACUACAUUUGAAAUUUGAAUUUCACAAUGUUAUGUACUAACUCUUAACAUGCUUUGCAAUCAUCAUGAAUUACAAGAGGAUGAUUGAGCCAUUGGAAACUUAGGUGCUUAUG